UUGACGUGGGCGCGUUGUUGACUUGGGCUUGUUCGACCGACUCACACCAUGUCCUCUGGAAACAAAGGCGAGGAAGCGGAAGGGCCCGGGCACCGACACGAAGUCCUCAAAUGAAACUGCCGCCAAACCGUAUCAAAUAGAACCCUUCAAGCCUGGCGAUAUGCCACACCCGCUUCUGGAAGAAAGCUCGUUCUCGACUUUUCCGAAAUACCGAGAAAAAUAUUUACAAGGCGUCUGGCCACUGGUGACUAGUCGGCUCAAGGAAUAUGGGAUUGACUGCGAGCUUAAUCUGUUCGAGGGUUCUAUGACGGUUCGAACCACACGAAAGACGUGGGAUCCUUACGCAAUCAUUAAAGCACGGGAUUUCAUUAAGCUGCUGGCGCGAAGCGUGCCUGUCGCUCAAGCGUCCAAAAUCAUGCAAGACGAUGUAUCGUGCGACAUCAUCAAAAUCGGCAACAUUUUGCGCAACAAGGAGAGGUUUGCGCGUCGCCGCCAACGGUUACUGGGUCCCAACGGGGCAACACUGAAGGCCAUCGAACUCCUGACUAAGUGCUACGUGCUGAUUCAGGGUAAUACCGUGGCAGCAAUGGGAAGCUUUCAAGGUCUUAAGUGGGUCAGACGGAUUGUCAUAGACUGCAUGAAAAACAUCCACCCUAUUUAUAACAUCAAGGAGCUGAUGAUCCGACGAGAACUGCUAAAAAAUCCGGCCUUGACGCACGAAAACUGGGACCGAUUCCUGCCUAAAUUCAAAAGAAAAACGUCAAGAGGAAAAACCUCAAACCAAGUCCAAAACAAGUCUCCGUUCCCAGAUCCGCCAGUGCCCAGCAAGGUGGAUUUGGAGCUCGAGUCUGGAGAGUAUUGGAUGAAGGAGGCAGAGCGAAAGCGCGCUAAGAUGGAAAAGAUCAAAGAAAAGCAGAAACAGGUCAUGUUGGAACGUCAAAAAGAAAAAGGUCAAGUGUUUAUUCCGCCCAAGGAAGAGAAGUCCAAGAAAAACCGCGAGGUACAAUCCGAAAUCAGUGAAAAAAAGCAAAGAAAAGAAUCUGCGGAAGACACACUCAAAAUGACGAAGGCUUUGCGCGAAAAACUGUCCGAAAGAAAGAACAAAAAAAGAGAAAGGAUCGAAAGCGGUGACUAUAUAUCGAAGAAAAAAAAACAAGUCAUGCACAAAGUUCAGCGCGUGAUUCAACGGAAGCGGGGCGUGAGAUGGCGACCAAGACAGAUCGGUCGUACGCCUCUGCCUGAAGCUCGCCCCGUAUGGACAAUAGUCAUUUGACAGCACCGAGUGCAAUGGACACACCUUGGUAAGCAAACGGUGCGAAGGAGAAACAAUCUCCAUGUAUCGAUAAUAAACAUGUAGAGGAAGACAGACAGGCGUGAGCUUG